AUGAUUCCAGCAAAAGGAUAUGCUGUUCUUGAAGCAAAUGGUCCAUUUCAAAUAUACAACUUUAAUCGACGUGCGCUGGGCCUAAAUGAUGUUUUGAUUCAUAUUCACUAUUGCGGUAUAUGUCAUACCGAUAUUCAUCAAGCGAAAAACGAUUGGCAAGGUGGAAAAUAUCCAAUGAUACCCGGUCAUGAAAUUACAGGCAAAGUGGUAAAAGUGGGUGAAAAUGUAAAACGUUUUAAAGAAAAUGAUGCAGUAGGAGUUGGAUUCUUAGUAGAUUCAUGUCGUUCCUGUGAGCCGUGUAAUAAGGAUCGUGAACAGUACUGUGCUAACGGAUAUUCGGGGACAUUUAAUGGUACGGAACAGGACAAAGAAACACCGACGUACGGUGGAUAUUCAAAUUAUAUUGUUGUCACUGAACAUUUUGUUGUGAAGAUUCCUGAUGGAUUACCGCUAGAUUCAGCAUGUCCACUCAUGUGUGCAGGUAUAACCAGUUAUUCUCCAUUAAAAAAAUAUUUAGGAAAAAAUGCCAAAGUAGCUGUUAUUGGGCUCGGUGGUGUUGGACAUAUGGCAGUGAAAUUCGCUAAUGCACUUGGUGCAGAAGUCACAGUCCUAAGCACUAGUGAAGAAAAACGAACAGAUGCCAUGAGACUAGGUGCUAAACAUUUCAUUGUAUCAAAAGAUGCGGAACAAAUGAAAUCAGCAUCUAACAAGUUCAAUUUUAUUUUUGAUUCGGCUUCAGCCGACCAUGAUGUCAUACCUUAUUUGCAACUCUUAGCGUUUGAAGGAGUUUUUUGUGUUGCUGGAGCUCCUGUAAAACCUUUGAACAUACCGGCCUACAUUUUAAUCGCUAAAUGUCCAAUAGUGACCGGAGUAUUCGUUGGAGGUAUAAAAGAAACACAAGAGAUGCUCGAAUUUGCUGCAAAACAUAAGAUAACAUGUGACAUAGAAUUACUAAAAGCAAGCCCGGAAAAUUUGGCAACAGCGUUCGAACGUACACUCAAUAAUGAUAUUAGAUACAGAUUUGUUAUUGAUCUUCAAAAUGCUUUUACUUGA